AUGACGACCUUCACCAAUAUCAUCGGGGACGAGACCCCGCUCAUCGAGGUCGAUGCCUCCAAGCGGCUCUCCAAGAUCGACCCCAUGACCUACGGCGGCUUCACCGAGCACAUGGGCCGCUGCAUCUACGGCGGCAUCUACGACCCGGACAGCCCGCUCGCCGACGCCAACGGGUUCCGCAAGGACGUGCUCUCGGCGCUGCGCGAGCUCGACAUCCCGGUGAUCCGGUACCCGGGCGGCAACUUCGUGGCGACGUACCACUGGCAGGACGGGAUCGGGCCGCGGGACCAGCGGCCCAAGCGGCCCGAGCUGGCCUGGCUGGGCACCGAGACGAACCAGUUCGGCACCGACGAGUUCAUGACGUGGCUGGACGUGCUGUCCGAGGGCAAGCCCGGCGGCGCGCGCGUCGAGCCGUACCUGUGCCUGAACUUCGGCACCGGCACCCUCGACGAGGCGCUCGCCUGGGUCGAGUACUGCAACGGCACGCGCGACACGCACUACGCCAACCUGCGCCGCGCCAACGGCCACCCGGAACCCUACCGCGUCAAGUACUGGGCCCUGGGCAACGAGUGCUGGGGGCCCUGGCAGGUCGAGCAGAUGACCAAGGAGGACUAUGCGAAGAAGGCUGCGCAGUGGGCCAAGGCGCUGCGCCUGCUCGACCCGGACAUCUGUCUGAUACUGUGCGGCCAGGACGGCACCGCGUCGUGGGACUACUAUGUUCUGCAGGAGUGCGUCCAGUGGGCCGAUAUGCACAGCAUUCAUGUCUACACGGCGUCAGGCGACCACCUGAAGAACGUGACGGCGCCGCUGACGGCCGAGCGGGCUAUCCAGAUCACGGCCAGCUUGAUUGACUUGGCCCGCAUCGAGAAGAACAUCCCGCCAACCAAGCCGCGCACGCGCAUCUGCUUCGACGAGUGGAACGUCUGGGACCCGGUGCGCGCCCCCGGCGACAAGGGCGCCGAGGAGAAGUACACCCUUUCAGACGCGCUGGCCGUCGCCGUGUGGCUCAACGUGUUUGUGCGGCAGAGCCGGUACAUAGGCAUGGCCAACAUAGCCCAAACAGUCAACGUAAUCUCGCCCCUGAUGACCACCACCGGCGGCGUCCUGAAGCAGGCGACAUGGUGGCCCCUCCUACUAUUCAGCCGCUACAUGCGCGGCACGACCGUCGCCGCGCACGUGCGCACGGCAACCUACUCCGGUACCACCCAGCCCGCCUGGCUGGAAAACAUUUCCACGGAGGAGGGCGGCAUCCCCUGGCUGGACGUCAGCGCGUGCCUCGGCGACGACGGCUACGUCAGUCUGGCCGUCGUCAACAUGAGCGAGACGGAGGACUUCGCCACGGAGCUCAGGGGCGUCGUCGGGAAGGACGACGUGACGACUUACACGGUGACGGGCCCGGGCGUGGCCGCGGUCAACGUGGAGGGCAAGGAGGAGGUCGGUUUGGUGGAGGGAAAGUGGGAGGGCGAGGGGACGUAUACCUUUCCGAAGCAUACCUUCACUAUGCUGCGAUGGAAGUCUUAG